AAUCAACGCACAUCAGCUUGACGUUACACGGCAUAGUCCUCGCAAUUUUGACCAGCACAGCCUCGCUGUGAGCUGGAAAAGACGGAAAGACAGAACACCCACGGCUGACACCCAACCCACCCACCGUCCAUUACGUUUUUGCCUGGCAACGACUUGACCAGACAUGUGUCAUCAGGUCGUCGAGCUCUACAAUAUUUGUGGAUGCCUCUACUAUCAACAUGCCGUCGACAGAUGCGCGUCGUAUGGACGGCCGAGGCACGGGAUUCAGCGGAAAACCAUUCGGGUCGGAUACAUGUGCAGUGACCACUAUGUGGACUCGGGUAUGGCGGCUGGCCCUCCGGCUGGUUUCGCGAGCUUUGAAAACAGCAGGCGUCCGGAGCCAAGGCGGCGGAAUGGUCACCGGUUGACCACACCGGCCGAUGGAUUCAUAAGCGACCGCGACGGGCCGGCUGCGCCGCGGCAGGUUACCAGGCCGAUUGCUGCUGCCCCGAAGAGCCACAACGAACUCGAGCCACCCGGUGUUCCAAAUUCCACAGACGGGGACGACUUGAACUGGAUGCCCUCCGACCCAGCCGACUCGGACAGCUCCCGGGACUCGGACGGGGAGAGCGGUGUCUCGGUCGCGUCAUCGGCAACAACUAUAGACGGCGACACGGUCGGUCUGUUAUUUACCAAACUCCUCCACUUUGGGGACCUGCGGUUUCUGUGGCCGCAGCUGAUCGCGCGAUCCGCGACCUGGAAGCGGUCCCAGCGCACCAUCGAGCGGCUCCUCCGGCGUUACUCGGACGACUUGCACAAGCUCGCCUUGAACGAGCCCUCCAACGAGUUGAUCACUAAUGAAGAAAGAGCAUUGCGCAUUCGAGCGUCCAAAUUUGUCCGCAGGUCGCGAGCCAACAUUGCGCAACGGCUCUGCGAAGCUCACUAUGAUUUCUCCGAGCAACGGCCAACUGAGGCGGAUACUGAGAAGGCGGGCGAGCAGGAUGGCCGAGAUGUGCCCCCUUUCGAAGAUAGCGACAGCGCCCCUGAGGACGAGUCGCUUUUUGUUCCCGAAGCAGCUGAAACGUUCCUCUUUCGGACCGAGCCGAUCCUCUUCUUGCAAGCCAGUGUGAAGGCGUUGGUAAGAUCUCGGGCCCCGAGGUCAACUGGGUUUGGAGCGGACAUGUGGAAUCGUUCCAAGUUGUGGUUUGAGAAUACCCUUCUGUCCAAAGCCUGGCAUCCCCGGUCGAAGUUGGAAAACAGCACUCGACUUCACUGGACUUGCGCAUGUGGUAAGGCGCUGUAUGACGACUUUGUCGAGCUCCGGCCGGGGGCUCUGGCCGAGCUACAUAGCCUACUACAACACUACGGCAAGGACACAACUGUCGACAACGACAUGGAAGUCUUCGACGUCGAGAACGGCCCGGAACAAUCAAGGGACUGGAAGCAAACAAUUUCGCAAGUUGUCAGCAGCUGGACCCAGCUCCUUGCCUCCAGGAAAAAAGCGACCAAUCUCCCUCGCUACGUUCAGGACAAGAAAAAAGCCGCCAUCCCCAUCGGGGCGUGCUCUCGCACGGGAACGGACGGCGGUGAGGCCCAUGACUUUGUGCUUCUCUGUAUCCCCUUCAUGCGCCUCGCCACGAAACUCUACCAACCCGAGAUAUGCCGCAUCAACUCAGACCAAGAAUUCAUCCAGCUACUACGCCACUACUACGCAUCCAAGCGAGGCCCCAGCCCCUGGAAGUGGCUGCGCAGGGUCAAGGCGAUCAACUUUGUCAAGGUAGGUACAUAACCCCCAGUGAACAUCACCACUGAUAUACCACUUGACUACCUAAUUAACAAACCCCCAGUUCGAACUCUACCGCAACCACCUAACCGACAUCCGCCUCACCCCCUCCCUCCCACCCC